AUGCCGGGGGAUCUGAACUCGAUGUGUUCUCGUGUGUGGAGUGUGUGUCUGCUCCUAGUUUGGAUAUGUCUUGGCACGAGGGUCGUCGGUGUGGUCGGGUCGCACCAAGGCAGCAUCCCUCUCUCCGUGUGAGUAGCCUACUGAAAUAAAUGUCACACUGUCACAAAGCUGUCAAUAACGGUCACUUUCACAAUACAAAUAGUAGCCUAUACAAUACUUUUUAAUUUUUACUUGAUCAACUUUUAUUGUUAUGUCUUUCACAGCUGUGUAUUUCAAACCUCAGCAACAAAGUUUAUUUGGUAGGAUAAAGCUAUUGACUGAGGCACUUCGCAGGGGUCGGUCCGGUACAGAUAGUUGUUCAGAUGAUAGGCUAUGCGACUCCAGCGGAUUCUCGCACUCUGCACUCAAAAUAAUAUUUUUUUAGUUUACAAUAUGUCAAUAUGUAAUCAAUUAAAUUGUAUUAAACAGUGACAAGCUAUCCAUUCAUUUACACGUUGUUUUUUAGAACCUAAAUACAGUUCUGUUUUUGUUAGUGAUCCCGCCUGCUUUUUUUACUCUUAUUAUCUAUUUUCUUAUGUAGCCUUAUGCAUAAAUUAAAAUGAUGCUGUCAAGUGUGCAAUAAGCCUAUCCUAGGCUAUCUAACCAAAGCCAUGAAAUUGUCAUGUGAGACCAGAUCAUACUGGUUCCCUCUGAUAUGUUCUCACCUGAUGCUUUCCUUUAUCUACAUUAACCCGAUCCUUUUAUCCUGAGCAGUUAGGGUUAAGUGCCUCGCUCAAGGGAACAUCAACAGAUUUUUCACCUAUUUGGCUCAGGGAUUCAAACCAGCGACCUUUCGAUUACUGGCCCAACGCUCUUAACCGCAAGACUACCUGCCGCUCCUCUGUGCAUUAGAUCUUAUUGGAUUGAUAACAAACUUUCUGUGGUUUUAUUAUUUAUAGUACUUUCAGACAAGUCAGUAUUGAUCAAUCAACAUUUAUUUUUGUAUUGAGCAUUUCACAAAUACAUUUGUCACAAAACGCAUGUAUAUAAAGAAAGUGCAGUGCCUGCACAUAGUGACCUGGUCUGUAAACCCCGACGCCGCUAAAGAGCAAGCUGAUGCACAGUAGCUUAAAUACACUGUAUGUGUGUGCGUGUGUGUGUGGGUGCAUCAAUUCCUGACCAGUGUGCUCUCCUCCUGUCCGUGUUCUCCAUGCAGGGUGAAGUUGUGGGCCUCAGCGUUCGGAGGAGAGAUCAAGUCCAUCUCAGCCAAGUACUCUGGUUCUCAGCUACUGCAGAAGGUAGGCUCUGCUCUAGAGAAACUCUCAUGUCACAAACCUGUAAUGUAGUCCACACAAAAUGAAAAUAUAACGUACACAAAAGAGGUCAGAUAUCAUGAAAUAGAAAGGUCUUUCUAAAACCUGUACAUUUAACAGAUUAUGGUAAAAUAUGUUUUACUGGGUAGUUCUGGGUCCACAGUUACACUUCUUCUAUAGACUGUCAGUUGUUUUCACAUUUGAUGACUAUUCACUAGUUGUUGUUGAUGAAAAAAAUAAAUACAAUUAAAAUAUAUCUGAAAAUAACCAUUUUGUAACACCCAUGGGGCAGAAAAUAAGCUGUGUUAAAAAAAAACACUACUUUGAGGUAAUUUUGGAGAUAUUUUGUAAAUGUUUCAUACAUUUUCACUUUUUAACUUCUUGCUAGCUCACACCUUGCACACACCCGAUUAUUUUGCUGAAGAUUUAAUGCUAUAGAUUAGAAUAUUGUCUAUUAAUCAACCAAUUUAUCUAUAUUGUCUGAUACCGAUAUGAAGGCCAAUAUUAAGGCUGAUACAUGGUACAUAUUUGUGCUGUCAUCACUCUGUUUGAUUCUGUGUAUGUCUGGUGGACUGAAACAUAUACGCUCUGUGUGACCGACAUGUUCUAGGGUUAAAAUACUUUGAGGGAAGGAGAGGGAGAAGAGGGAAAAUCGCUGUUAAACAACAUUCCUUUUGUCGAAGGGAAAUUUGUUGAAAUUCAACUGGAAUUUAGAGAGGCAAUCAUGUAAAUGGCAAAAAAAUUAUAAUAAUCAGGAAACAUAGUGGCUUAAAUGUGAGUUUGAACCCCUGUAGAGAGUCGGCCACAUAUUUAAAAGCCUGAAUGUGAGCUUUUUUAAUGGGUGUCCUUUUCUCUAUUACUGUAUAGUUGAGCUAGUAGCAACACACAGACACACACACACACACACACACACACACACACACACACACACACACACACGCACACACGCACACACGCACACACGCACACACGCACACACACACACACACACACUUACAAGCACACUUACAAGCACACUUAGCAAAACAUUAUCUUUUAUUGCUAAGCAACAAAACGUUUCACACAUUUUCAUCCCCCCCGCAAUCUACACCCCGUCCUCCACCACUCAAACGUUGUGGCAUUGCUUUGCAGUGUGUGGUGGAAUGCUAAUAUAGGGUUAAUGGAUGUGAUAGCUAGCAUAAUGCAAAUUUUGCUAAUGCAGGGUCAGUACAUGAGGACCUAGCCUUAUGUUGUAGUUCACUCAGGGCUGGGUGAUAUAGUAGCUAGCCUAAUGCUAAUGUGGCUAAUGUAGUGUCAAUGGGUGAGUUAGCUAUCCUGAUGCUAACAUGGCUGAUGUAGGCUACAGUUGAUGGUUGAGUUGGCCAGCCUGCGCAGUCUCUCAGAGCUGGAUGAUGAGGGAGUACUGCUGUGAACUAUCAAACCAUCAGCACACUGAUAUUGUGUGUCACAACUGAUAUCUGAGACUUGGCUCUGUUUUGUAACCUUCUCCUGUACAUUCACCUCUGGUACACAGACACACAUGUGCGUGCGUGCGCACGCACGCACACACACACACACACACACACACACACACACACACACACACACACACACACACACACACACACACACACACACACACACACACACACACACACACACACACACACACACACACACACACACACAAGAUGGAUUACAUCACCCCCUGAUAGGAGAGCAGUGUUAUUUGACAGGAUAAAACCCUCGACCCCACCCUAGCCCCCCAAACUGAAGAUUACCCCUCCUGCAUAACUCAAAUCUUUAAUAAAUGUAAAUGAGGGACAGAGGGUUAAUUGUGCUAAGAAAAGACUGGAAACCUUUUCUCAGAAAGUAGCUAUGUAUUUUCACCUCAAUUUGGUUUCUUGGCAAAUAUAGAGGUGCAUGACACACAUGCACACGCUUGUGGACGCACACAGACACACAUGCACACACAAAUGCACGCACGCACAUGCACACAUAAUCUGAGAGAGAGCGAGAGAGGGAGAGAGAGAGAGAGUGGGAGAGAGGAGAGAGAGAGAGAGGAGAGAGGAGUGGGAGAGAUAGAGAGAGAGGAGAGCAGAGAGAGAGAGAGAGAGAGAGAGAGAGCGAGAGAGAGAUGAGAGAGUCUCAUCUGCUUUCCCCUUGGCAGUGAACAGAAUGGACCAGAUCUGUAUCAGUGCCCACGUACAUCAGAACUUAUCAUAUACACACGUACAAGCAUGCCUUUUUAAAUGUUCUCUAACAAAAAGUAUUAUUUGUAACAACAAUGAAUUGAACACAUUUCUGUUUUGAAAUACUGUCAUACAGAGAAGACAGUAACUGAAAGCGUCGUGUAAGUUAGCUAUUUAACAAUGACAAUGGGAUGAUCUUAAAGGACCAUUGGGUCCUAGAGGGGAUGAGCAGAGAGUCAUAGUAGGAAUGUUGGCAGGACUCCCAUUUGGGGCAGAUGAAGAGAGAGAGAGAGAGAGGGAGAGAGAGAGAGAGAGGGAGAGAGAGAAGAGAGAGAGAGAGAGAGAGAGAGAGAGUGUUGUGGCAUACUCUAUUUAUCCUCUCCAUCUCUCUCAAUCUCACCUAAUUUCCCUUUUGCUUUUCAUUCACUUUCCCUUCCGCCAAUCUCUCUGUUCAACAUAACACUAUUGGAAUUUAUUUUCUCAUUCUGAAACACAAAUGUCAAAAUUCCCCUCACCCCCUUCACCUACUCAUAUUUCUCUUCACCUUUCCCUCAUCCAGUCCCACCCCCUCCUCAGUCCUUCAACACCCCCUUCCUCACCCCCAAUCCUAGUCCUCUCCCAUCCCUCACCCCACUUCCUCUGCCAUCGGAAACGUCUCCUGUUUCAAGGUUAAACAAGCGCAGGGAUCAGUGAGGACAAUGCAGAGAAAGGGCUUUUUGACUGUGUGUGUGUGUGUGUGUGUGUGUGUGAAAAGGAGAGCACGAGCUCCCUGAUCAAUAUCCUUCCAUUUUCAGCCUGUUAUGCAAAUGAGCUGUAGUUGAGAUACAAAGAUACCGAACAAGCGCACACACACACACACACACACACACACACACACACACACACACACACACACACACUGCAUGCCUGUACAUUAAACAAACAUAGAAAGAUCUCCCUAACUUCAGUUAAAAUAAGUUGUGUGUGGCUCUGUGGUGCUAUUCAGUACACAACUUUAAUUUCAUGUAUCAUUGAACGCAUGGAGCUGUGAUGGCUUUGUGUGUGUUUGUGUGUGUGUGUGUGUGUGUUCCCCUCCUGCUGAUGUGAUAGGGUGUUUUUAAGGAAAGACAGGGAUAUCAGGACAUGCAGGAUUAACCUGGACUGUCACUUUAAUGGAAGAUACACCACAUACAGUGCAUUCGGAAAGUAUUCAGACCCUUGACAUUUUCCACAUUUUGUUACGUUACAGCCUUAUUCUAAAAUUGAUUCAAUUGUUUUUCCCCUCAUCAAUAUACACACAAUACCCCAUAAUGACAAAGCAAAAACAGGUUUGUAGAAAAUGUUGCUAAAAAAGUAUAAAUAAAAACUGAAAUAGUCAUACAGUCAGUAUGUAAGCAUUCAGUCUGCUGCUGUGUAUGUCUGGAAUUAGUAGCUAUCCCGGGGAGAGAGAGAGAGAGACAGAGAGAGAGUGAGGGAGAGGCAGAGAGAUCAAUUUUUACCCUAUCUGACCACCUUUGCCGAAUUCAGACCAACAGGUAAACUUAGAUCUCAUAAAACGCUGGAGUGUCUCCUCACCACUGGUUUAAACCGGCAGUAUUGACCCCGCACACACGCACACACGCAUACACUCACACACGCAUACACACACACACACACACACGCACACACACCCCUUCUCAACUCACCGUCCGGCCCGGCAAAUCGAUACCAGCCCGUUCUCGUCACGCGUCAUUACACCGUCCUCUGCUCUGUUUCCUGUCAAUGUUUAAGAGUCCGCCGUGUGUGUCUCGCUCUCUCUGUGUGUGUGUGCCUUGUGUCAUUCACAGCACAGGGCCUGUAAGCUCAGUCAAAAGGUUGUAGUAUAUCAAAUUACAAAGAAAUAGCCUGGCACAUUACUGAUAUACUUUAUCAACACUGCACCACUGAUGUAAAAUACCAAUUAAUUAUUGAUACAAAAUUAGAUGUAUAUCAUUCCAAUAAACCUUUAUUACCCAAUCAAUAUCCUUUUCAUAUUUAUCUGGACAAAUUCACACACUCAAUGCUAGUCAUAAUACACUGCUCAAAAAAAUUAAGGGAACACUAAAAUAACACAUCCUAGAUCUGAAUGAAUGAAAUAAUCUUAUUAAAUACUUUUUUCUUUACAUAGUUGAAUGUGCUGACAACAAAAUCACACAACAAUUAUCAAUGGAAAUCAAAUUGAUCAACCCAUGGAGGUCUGGAUUUGGAGUCACCCUCAAAAUUAAAGUGGAAAACCACACUACAGGCUGAUCCAACAUUGAUGUAAUGUCCUUAAAACAAGUCAAAAUGAGGCUCAGUAGUGUGUGUGGCCUCCACGUGCCUGCAUGACCUCCCUACAAUGCCUGGGCAUGGUCCUGAUGAGGUGGCGGAUGGUCUCCUGAGGGAUCUCCUCCCAGACCUGGACUAAAGCAUCCGCCAACUCCUGGACAGUCUGUGGUGCAACGUGGCGUUGGUGGAUGGAGCGAGACAUGAUGUCCCAGAUGUGCUCAAUUGGAUUCAGGUCUGGGGAACGGGCAGGCCAGUCCAUAGCAUCAAUCCCUUCCUCUUGCAGGAACUGCUGACACACCCCAGCCACAUGAGGUCUAGCAUUGUCUUGCAUUAGGAGGAACCCAGGGCCAACCGCACCAGCAUAUGGUCUCACAAGGGGUCUGAGGAUCUCAUCUCGGUACCUAAUGGCAGUCAGGCUACCUCUGGCGAGCACAUGGAGGGCUGUGCGGCCCCCCAAAGAAAUGCCACCCCACACCAUGACUGACCCACCGCCAAACCGGUCAUGCUGGAGGAUGUUGCAGGCAGAAGAACGUUCUCCACGGCGUCUCCAGACUCUGUCACUUCUGUCACAUGUGCUCAGUGUGAACCUGCUUUAAUCUGUGAAGAGCACAGGGCGCCAGUGGCGAAUUUGCCAAUCUUGGUGUUCUCUGGCAAAUGCCAAACGUCCUGCACGGUGUUGGGCUGUAAGCACAACCCCCACCUGUGGACGUCGGGCCCUCAUACCACCCUCAUGGAGUCUGUUUCUGACCGUUUGAGCAGACACAUGCACAUUUGUGGCCUGCUGGAGGUCAUUUUGCAGGGCUCUGGCAGUGCUCCUCCUGCUCCUCCUUGCACAAAGGCGGAGGAGCAGUCCUGCUGCUGGGUUGUUGCCCUCCUACGGCCUCCUCCACGUCUCCUGAUGUACUGGCCUGUCUCCUGGUAGCGCCUCCAUGCUCUGGACACUACGCUGACAGACACAGCAAACCUUCUUGCCACAGCUCGCAUUGAUGUGCCAUCCUGGAUGAGCUGCACUACCUGAGCCACUUGUGUGGGUUGUAGGGUCCGUCUCAUGCUACCACUUGAGUGAAAGCACCGCCAGCAUUCAAAAGUGACCAAAACAUCAGCCAGGAAGCAUAGGAACUGAGAAGUGGUCUGUGGUCACCACAUGCAAAACCAGUCCUUUGUUGGGGGUGUCUUGCUAAUUGCCUAUAAUUUCCACCUGUUGUCUAUUCCAUUUGCACAACAGCAUGUGAAAUGUAUUGUCAAUCAGUGUUGCUUCCUAUGUGGACAGUUUGAUUUCACAGAAGUGUGAUUGACUUGGAGUUACAUUGUGUUGUUUAAGUGUUCCCUUUAUUUUUUUGAGCAGUGUAUAUUUGUCUAAAUACUUCCCCAUUAGAACCUCUCUAAUAUUUACACAAAGCAUUUGAUAUUUUAGUCAUUUAGCAGACUCUCUUAUCCAGAGCAACUUACAUUAGCAAGUAGGUUUAAGUGCCUUGCUCAAGGGCACAUCGGAAGAUGUUUCACCUGGUCGGCUCAGGGAGUCAAACCAGCAACCUUUUGGUUACUGGCCCAACCCUCCUAACCGCUAGGCUACCAUCAUUGCUCAAAACAUAAUUCAAAUAUCUGUUCAAAAUAUCUUCUCAAUGUUUGUUUUGAACAUUUACAAUGCUACAAAAUGGACCCCUUCAGAUCUCACUUACUUAACAUCAACAAUAAUUAUGUUUUGCUAAAAUCGAAGCCAUUUUAUUGUAUCUUUCCCUGUCAGAUAACUAUUUCUGUAAUGAGUAUAUAUUUCAGUCACGCUGCUACGGGAUCUAAGAGCUUAACUAAUUUACACAUUUUAGAGGGGAAAUGAUUGAUGUAUUUCCUCUAUUUGAAUCCAAAUUAAUUACAUGUUUGAUUGACAAUGACUGGAAUGAAUUGUGUGAAUGAAGUGGUUAAAAAAAAAUUGAGUUUGCGCUGAUGGAAACGGCUAUAUUUACUUGUUUCUUCAUGCUUACCCCAAUUUAUAAUUUUAGAUUUUUUUAAUGAGAAUUUUCAUCUUAACGAUGUGGUCACUAUCGAUGAAAUAUAAUGUGUUUACUGUUCUAACUGCUCAUCUCAUGAAAAUGGGAGGAAAGCUUCCAGUACUCAAGCUAUACUUUUCCGACCGCUGGUGUUAUGUUGUACACCAGUACAUUAGGAUAUAUUAAAUGUUGUAAAAUCUCAGUGAAUUGUUGUUUCUAGUGUCUUCUCUGAGCAGAAGGACCUGUAGAAUGAGCUCUGACAUUACAGUUCUGAGCCCUAUAGAACAGACAUGGUCUCUCUCCUUUUUACUGUCUCCCCUUUUUUUUCUCUUCUUCUUUCUCCUCCUAUGUGUCUCUGUUUCUCCUCCCUCCUUUCUCUCUCUCUGUGUCUCCCCCUCUGUGCUGUUCCACAUGCUUUCCCCAAAAUCUGUGUGAUGGUGCCAGUCUGCUAUUAACUCCCUCUCACUCUCUCUCUCUCUACCUCUCUCUCUACUCUAUCUCUCUCUCGAUCCUCUCUCUGCUCGCUCUCGAUAUCUCCUCUCGCCCUUCUCUCUCUCUCUUCUCUCUCGCUCUCGCUCUGCGCUCUCUCUCUCUAUUCUCCCCUAUCUCGCUCUCUCUCUUUUCUCUCUCUCUCUCUCUCUCUCUCUCUCAAUUCAAUUCAAUUCAAUUCAAUUUAAUUUAAGGGCUUUAUUAGCAUGGGAUACAUGUAUUUACUUUGCCAAAGCAAGUUAAAUAGAUAAUGAACAAAAGUGAAAUGAACAAUACAAAAUGUACAGUAAAUAUUACACUCACAAAAGUUCCAAAAGAAUAAAGACAUUUAAAAUGUAAUAUUAUGUCUAUAUACAGUGAUAUAAUGACGUGCAAAUAGCUAAGGUACAAAAAGGAAAAUAGAUAAACAUAAAUAUAGAUAAACUCUAAUAUAGGGUAGAAGCUGUUACCCCCAAGGGAAGUUUAUCCAAAUUGGAUUUGUUUUCGAAUUCUUUGUGGGUCUGUGUAAUCUGAGGGAAGUAUGUGUCUCUAAUAUGGUCAGACAUUUGGCAGGAAGUUAGGAAGUGCAGCUCAGUUUCCACCUAAUUUUGUGGGCAGUGUGCACAUAGCCUGUCUUCUCUUGAGAGCCAGGUCUGCCUACGGCACCAAUUCUCAAUAGCAAGGCUAUGUUCACUGAGUCUGUACAUAAUCUCUCUCUCUCUCUCUCUCUCUCCUCUCUCUCUCUCUCUCUCUCUCUCUCUCUCUCUCUCUCUCUCGCUCUCUUUCUUUCUGUGUGUAUGACAGUGCACUCACUGUGCACUGUGCGUAGCACCGGAGAUGGUUGUAGAUUAGAUUUAGCUUUUGGAAAAUUGAAUAGUUGUCAGGACUGUUUCAACACGGCUAGCGAUGAGAUGAGGGGAGGGCGUUGACAAGGGGAGGGCUCUCUUUCUUUUUCUCUUUCUUUCUCUCUGUCUGUCUGUCUUUCUCUCUCUCAUUCCUCCUGUUUGUGUCUCUGCCACCCUCUCUUUUUUCUCUUCUCUCUCAAUUCAAUUUAAUUCAGUUCAAUUCAAUUUGGUUUAUAUGAUGUAACAAUAUACAUAUUGCCAAAGCGUACUUUGGAGAUUAAGUGAUUCAUUUACAAUAUUAACAUAAUAAAAUAAUAAUAAUCAAGAUUGACAAUCAGUAACAACAAUAAUCAAGGGUAAAAAUAACCAUACAAUGGACAAUAACAAUGGCAUAGAGGACAUGUGCAGGUUGGUUGGUCUGUCAGACACUGUCCCUCAUCUUAUGGCAGGCAGCAAUGUAGUGUAGUGCGCUGCCAACCCACAGCUCACUGCGACUUCCCCUAACAGGGCAGGUAGCUUAUUCUCAUCAGAGAGGUCUUUAAAACCUUGAAUAAGUGUUUCAAAUUUGGGGAAAUGACACUCUAAUUGUUUUAUAUGUUUUACAUUUUGUCAGGAAAUGCAGCUCUGUCUUGGGUUCUGCUGUAGUGCAGUUGUUACACAGCCUUUCCUCUACAGCAGUGCUUCUCAAUUAUUUUCUGUUGCGCCCCCCCCCCUAGGAAGAAGUAAAGAUUUCGCGCCCCCCAACUCUCCGCCGCAACUGGAAAUAGUAUCAUUUGUCUAUGAAAUUGUUCUAAGUACACCUCUGCAUAACAUUGUAUCCUUAUUAACAUUAAAGAAAAUAAAAAUAAAAUAAAGAAAUAUAGAUCAACUUACAACAAAGAAUAACUUUAUUAACAUUGUUUUUUAGUCUGUAACAGAAAAGACUUAAAGUGCAUCAAUUUGCCUGAAAUUUGCCUUAUUUAAACUGUAAUUUUUUUUUGACCAUUUGAUACUGAAAAAUAAAAUAAAAUCAAUAAAUAAUAAUAAAUUCAAAUUGAUCAGCAACAUGAACUCAGGAGCCCAAUAUAUGAAACACUGACCUAUAAAACAAAAAUGAAUAAAACCAUUUGUGCUGAUUUUUUUUUAGCAAUAUGAGGAAGUCAGGAUUAAUGGCAAAAGGCACGUUUGUCUUUGAGUUUAUCUACCAGCUGUUCUUUAAGAUCGUUAGCAAUGUCAUUUAUACGUCUGGCGACGGUGUCAUUGGACAGAGGGAUAGUUUUUAUUUUUGCAGCACUUGCGUCAUCCAGCAUGACAGAGACCAUGUCUAAUGCUGCAGGCAGUAUCAGCUCCUCUGCUAUGGAGUGGGGUUUUCUGCACUGAGCAAUUUGGUACACCACCUUAUAUGAUGCUAACAGUGCUCGCUGGUUUCCUGAAGUAGCAUUCACAAAGCGGGACGAUGGUUGGCAAUAUUCGGCACGUUUUCGCUGAAAAAACUCAAGCGGCUUAUCAGCGUGAUUGGGGUGUAAUGUAUUUAAGUGACGCCUUAAUUUAUUUGGCUUCAUGCUGUCCGCUGCCAACAUUUUUAGACACAGUAAACAUACCGGUCUUUCCUCUUCUCCCACCGUAGUCACAGUGAAGCCAAGCGCUACAUACGCUUCGUCAUAUUUCCUCGUCUUAGCUUUCGGGAGACUUACGUUUGUCUCAUUAUCUCCGUCUCUCUCCGCCUUUCUUUUCAUCCCUGUUAGAUAUGUUUCCAUGGCGUCUCUUAAGGGUUUGUUAUCUGCACUUCAUAUCUCCUACUCUGUGCUUUUGUUCGGUGCAAAAAAAACCUACUCCCUGCGGCAAAAAAAAGCAUGUUCCCCGGGGUCACACGCGCCCCCCCCGGCAUCGCUCCGAGCCCCCCCAGGGGGGCGCGCCCCACUAUUUGAGAAGGACUGCUCUACAGGGAGCCAGGUUUUCCUGUGUCUACCCUUCUCAAUGGCAAGGCUGUGCUCUCUCUCUCUCUCUCUCUCUCUCUCUCUCUCUCUCUCUCUCUCUCUCUCUCUCUCUCUCUCUCUCUCUCUCUCUCUCUCUCUCGCUCGCUCUUCAUGCAUUUCCCUGCUGGGGUCUUGAUGUGUUGCCUUGAGUGUUUUACUCUCUGUACUAAUGACAUGAGAGAGAGGCCAUGUCAAAGAGUUAAUUCAUGUUUUAACAGGGGCUAGUAGUAAACCCCUAUGAAGAGCCCCUUUCAUGUCCUAUACCACAACAGAGCUGCACCUAACACAGCUACUCACUCACACAGGAAUCACCUCUUUGUUAGCCACAGAAAGGCCUGACAAAACAUCUCUGAAAUACGGAACCUUCCAUGACCCAACAUUCUGCUAUUACUAGAGCCUUCUAGAGCCUUUCUAGAGCCUUCUGGAGGGUUAUAGAGCACAGAGCAGGAUCAAGCCUAGAGAAUUGUAAAAACUUUGUAAGCUAACUUAAAGGAAACCAUUACUCAUUUAGCUAUCUCCCCCUUACACCAUGAUGAAAGGACAUAUGAAGUUUGAUAUUGGGUUUAAACCUUUUCACAAUACAGGAGGCUUCCUAUUUUCCUAGGACCUUCCAUCAUAGUUUGAGCUCCCCCUAACCCCACAUACCUCCAGCUGUUGAGAUGAUGAACGUGAACAGUGGAGAUAAAUGUCCUCUUUGUCGCUGUCAUCUGUCAUCGGCCACUCAGGUCUGUUACCGUAGCAUAAGGAGUAUCAGAUCACUAAACUCCAUGACUCUGUACGUACCACACACACACACACACACACACACACACACACACACACACACACACACACACACACAAAGACAAGAACACACACACAAAGACAAGAACACACACACACACACAAAGACAAGAACACACACACUUCUCUAACGAUGACGGAUGUGUUUCAAUGUGUUUUUGUUGGUUACAUUAUGUGAAGAGAGCAGAUACUGGUCAGCCUGGCUAGUGGGUGGGAUUGAGGAUAUUAAACACACUUAGGGUGUGCAGCACUGUGUGAAGGACUGGCUCUGACUCGCUGUUGUCCACAUCAAUCACUCUGCCACGUGGCUGUUCCCGCCCUCUCUCCUGUAGGUAAGGCUACACUUAAUAAAUAAACACACAUACACACACACGCACAGACACACAUGCAUGCACGCGCGCAGACACACACACAAACACACACAGACACACACACACACACACACACACACACACCACACACUGCUCCUGUAGGAUGCCCUUGAUAAAGAAACAGACUGAACAGACAAGUGGACAUCAGGCCAGUUACAGCACCACUAUCAAUCACCAUAACUUAUCUGUUAUUCACACUAACUACAGCAGAGACAAGAGAGAGAGGAGCAGAGGGGCAGACAAGAGAGAGAGGAGCAGAGGGGCAGACUAAGUCUGUACAAAGCUUUCCUUAAGUUUGGGUCAGUCACAGUGGUCAGGUAUUCUGCCACUGUGUACUCUCUGUUUAGGGCCAAAUAGCAUUCUAGUUUGCUCUGUUUUUUGUUAAAUCUUUCCAAUGUGUCAAGUAAUUCUCUUUUUGUUUUCUCAUGAUUUGGUUGAGUCUAAUUGUGUUGUUGUCCUGGGGCUCUGUGGGGUCUGUUUGUGUUUGUGAACAGAGCCCCAGGACCAGCUUACUUAGGGGACUCUUCUCCAAGUUCAUCUCUCUGUAGGUGAUGGCUUUGUUACAGAAGGUUUGGGAAUCACUUCCUUUUAAGUGGUUAUAGAAUUUAACUUAUUUUCUGGAUUUUGAUAAUUAGCGGGUAUCAACCUAAUUCUGCUCUGCAUGCAUUAUUUGGUGUUUUUCAUUGUACACAGAGGAUAUUUUUGCAGAAUUCUGCAUGCAGAGUCUCAAUUUGGUGUUUGUCCCAUUUUGUGAAUUCUUGGUUGGUGUGCGGACCCCAGACCUCACAACCAUAAAGGGCAAUGGGUUCUAUAACUGAUUCAAGUAUUUUUUGCCAGAUCCUAAUUAGUAUGUCAAAUUUUAUGUUCCUUUUGAUGGCAUAGAAGGCCCUUCUUGCCUUGUCUCUCAGAUCGUUCACAGCUUUGUGGAAGUUACCUAUGGCGCUGAGUUUAGGCCGAGGUAUGUAUAGUUUUUUGUGUGCUCUAGGGCAACGGUGCCUAGACGGAAUUUGUAUUUGUGGUCCUGGCAACUGGACCUUUUUUGGAACACCAUUAUUUUUGUCUUACUGAGAUUUACUGUCAGGGCCCAGGUCUGGCAGAAUCUGUGCAGAAUAUCUAGGUGCUGCUGCAGGCCCUCCAUUUCUUGGUGACAGAAGCACCUGAUCAUCAGCAAACAUUAGACAUUUUACUUCAGACUCUAGUAGGGUGAGGCCGGGUUCUGCAGACUGUUCUAGUGAUCUCGCCAAUUCGUUGAUAUAUAUGUUGAUGAGGGUGGGGCUUAAAAUGCAUCCCUGUCUCACCCCACGGCCCUGUGGAAAGAAAUGUGUGUUUUUUGUUUGUGUACAUGGAUUUUAUAAUGUCGUAUGUUUUUCUCCCAACCCCACUUUCCAUCAAUUUGUUUAGCAGACCCUGAUGCCAAAUUCAGUCAAAAGCUUUUUUGAAAUCAACAAAGCAUGAGAAGACUUUGCCUUUGUUUUGUUUUGUUUGUUUAUCAAUUAGGGUGUGCAGGGUAAAUACGUGGUCUGUCGUAUGGUAAUUUGGUAAAAAGCCAAUUUGACAUUUGCUCAGUACAUUGUUUUCACUGAGGAAAUUAACUAGUCUGCUGUUAAUGAUAAUGCAGAGGAUUUUCCCAAGGUUGCAGUUAACACAUAUCCCACGGUAGUUAUUGGGGUCAAAUUGCUCUCCACUUUUGUGGAUUUGGGUGAUCAGUCCUUGGUUCCAAAUAUUGGGGAAGAUGCCAGAGCUAAGGAUGUUGUUUAAGAGUUUAAGUAUAGCCAAUUGGAAUUUGUGGUCUGUAUAUUUUAUCACUUCAUUGAGGAUACCAUCAACACCACAGGCCUUUUGGGAUUGGAGGGUUUGUAUUUUGUCCUGUAGUUCAUUCAAUGUAAUUGGAGAAUCCAGUGGGUUCUGGUAGUCUUUAAUAGUUGAUUCUAAGAUUUGCAUUUUAUCAUGUAUAUUUGUUUGCUGUUUGUUCUUUGUUAUAGGGCCAAAUAAGAUUGGAGAAGUGGUUUACCCAUACAUCUCAGUUUUGGAUAGAUAGCUUUCGUGUUGUUGUUUGUUUAGUGUUUUCCAAUUUUCCCAGAAGUGGUUAAAGUCUAUGGAUUCUUCAAUUACAUUGAGCUGAUUUCUGACAUGCUGUUCCUUCUUUUUCCGUAGUGUAAUUCUGUAUUGUUUUAGUGAUUCACCAUAGUGAAGGCGUAGGCUCAGGAUUUCUGGGUCUAUGUUUUUGGUUGGAUAGGUUUCUACAUUUCUUUCUUAGGUUUUUGCAUUCUUCAUCAAACCAUUUGUCAUUGUUGUUUAUUUUCUUCGGUUUUCUGUUAGAGAUUUUUAGAUUUGAUAGGGAAGCUGAGAGGUCAAAUAUACUGUUUAGGUUUUCUACUGCCAAGUUUACACCUUCACUAUUACAGUGGAACGUUUUGUCCAGGAAGUUGUCUAGAAGGGAUUGUAUUUGUUGUUGCCUAAUUGUUUUUUGGUAGGUUUCAACACUACUUUCCUUCCAUCUAUAGCAUGUCUUAAUAUUAUUCAGUUCCUUUGGCUUUGAUGCCUCAUGAUUGAGUAUUGCUCUGUUCAAGUAGACUGUGAUUUUGCUGUGGUCUGAUAGGGGUGUCAGUGGGCUGACUGUGAACGCUCUGAGAGACUCUUGGUUGAGGUCAGUGACAAAGUAGUCUGCAUUACUACUGACAAGAGAUGAGCUAUAGGUAUACUUACCAUAGGAGUCCUCUCGAAGCCUACCAUUGACUAUGUACAUACCCAGCGUGUGACAUAGCUGCAGGAGGCACAACUAUGUUGUCGUAGUUGUGCCUAGGGGGGCAUAUGGGGGAGGGAAUGCUGUCACCUCCAGGUAGGUGUUUGUCCCUCUGUGUGAUGAGGGUGUCAGGUUCUUGUCCAGUUCUGGCAUUUAGGUAGCCACAGACUAGUACAUGUACCUGGGUCUGGAAAUGAUUGAAUUCCCCCUCGAGGAUGGAGUGUCACGAUCGUUAGACGGAGUAGACCAAGGCGCAGCGUUGAAAGCAAACAUACUUUAUUUAAUGACUGAACACACAAACAAAAACAAUAAAUGAUACCGUGACGUCCAAAGGUUAACACAACCAACACGGAAUAAUCCACAAGGAACAAACCAACUGGAAACAAGAUCCCACAACUAUUGUGGGAAAACAGCCUCUAUAAAUAUGGCUCCCAAUCAGAGACAACCAGCAACAGCUGACACUCGUUGCCUCUGAUUGGGAACCACUCUGGCCAACACAGAAAUACAAUACAUAGAAAAUACACACCCUGGCUCAACAUAUAGAGUCCCCAGAGCCAGGGUGUGACAGUACCCCCCCCUAAAGGCGCGGACUGCGACCGCGCCUAAACAUCAACAACCCAGGGGAGGGCUGGGUGGGCAUUCCUCCUCGGAGGCGGUUCCGGCUCCGGGCUAGACCACCACCCUUCAACCAUCCCCCCGUGGCGCCCCUGGUCCGGUCUGGCCCCGCUGACCGGAGCUGGACUGGACAUCGUAGAAGCGGAUUGCUUCAGCUCCGGUGUGGAGCAGCUGACCGGUACCUGACCAGGCACCGGUGACCCAGGCACGGGUUGUGCCGGACUGACGACGCACACCCCUGGCCUGGUGCGUGGAGCAGGGACGGGCCGGACCGGGCUGACGAUGCGCACCCCUGGCUUGGUGCGUGGGAGCAGCUACGGGCCGGACCGGGCUGACGAUGCGCACCCCUGGCUUGGUGCGUGGAGCAGGAACGGGCCGGACCGGGCUGACGAUGCGCACCCCUGGCUUGGUGCGUGGAACAGGAACGGGCCGGACCGGGCUGACGAUGCGCACCCCUGGCUUGGUGCGUGGAGCAGCAACGCGCCGUACCGGACUGACGAUACGCACCCCUGGCUUGGUGCGUGGAGCAGGAACGGGCCGGACCGGGCUGACGACUCGCACCCCUGGCUUGGUGCGUGGAGCAGGAACGGGCCAGACCGGGCUGACGACUCGCACCCCUGGCUUGGUGCGUGGAGCAGGAACGGGCCGGACCAGGCUGACGACUCGCACCCCUGGCUUGGUGCGUGGAGCAGGAACGGGCCUUACCGGGCUGACGACUCGCACCCCUGGCUUGGUGCGAGUGGCAGGAACAGGCCGGGCCGGGCUGGCGACGCGCACCGUAGGCUUGGUGCGAGGAGCAGGAACAGGCCGGGCCGGGCUGGCGACGCGCACCGUAGGCUUGGUGCGUGGAGCAGGAACAGGCCGGACCGGGCUGGCGACGCGCACCGUAGGCAUGGUGCGAGGAGCAGGAACAGGCCGGGCCGGGCUGGCGACGCGCACCGUAGGCUUGGUGCGUGGAGCAGGAACAGGCCGGGCCGGGCUGGCGACGCGCACCGUAGGCUUGGUGCGAGGAGCAGGAACCGGCCGGGCCGGGCUGGCGACGCACACCGUAGGCUUGGUGCGAGGAACAGGAACAGGCCGGGCCGGGCUGGCGACGUGCACCGUAGGCUUGGUGCGAGUGGCAGGAACAGGCCGGGCCGGGCUGGCGACGCACACCGUAGGCUUGGUGCGAGGAACAGGAACAGGCCGGGCCGGGCUGGCGACGCGCACCGUAGGCUUGGUGCGAGUGGCAGGAACAGGCCGGGCCGGGCUGGCGACGCACACCGUAGGCUUGGUGCGAGGAACAGGAACGGGCCGGACCGGACUGGCAAUACACCUCAGUACCUCUCGCCGUGCCUCUACAACUUCCUUCCCUCCUCUCACCAAUGGCUCCCGUAACCCGGUGGCCUUCUCUCCUCGUCUCCCAUUUCGCCCUGUGGCAGCCUCCUGCUGCCCAGUCGCCCAUGCCGUGUGCCCCCCCCUAAAAAUGUUCUGGGGUUGCCUCUCGUCCGUCCGACGACGACACUGUUGACGCCGUUGCUCCUCUCUUGCCAGGGCCUUAAUCUUAGCCCAUGGCCCCUUGCCCCCGAGCAUGUCCUCCCAGGACCACGAUUUGCCCACCUGGGCCAUCGCCAACCUUUCCAGCUCCUUUCCCGGCGCUUCCUCCCAUGUCCAGGCCGCCUGCUCCUGGACACGCUGCUUGGUCCUGGUAUGGUGGGAUCUUCUGUCACGAUCGUUAGACGGAGUAGACCAAGGCGCAGCGUUGAAAGCAAACAUACUUUAUUCAAUGACUGAACACACGAACAAAAACAAUAAACGAUACCGUGACAUCCAAAGGUUAACACAACCAACACGGAAUAAUCCACAAGGAACAAACCAACUGGAAACAAGAUCCCACAACUAUUGUGGGAAAACAGCCUCUAUAAAUAUGGCUCCCAAUCAGAGACAACCAGCAACAGCUGACACUCGUUGCCUCUGAUUGGGAACCACUCUGGCCAACACAGAAAUACAAUACAUAGAAAAUACACACCCUGGCUCAACAUAUAGAGUCCCCAGAGCCAGGGUGUGACAUGGAGAAGCAUGGGGAUUAAAGUAUGGGGAUUCUAGUGGGGGGGAUAUAGGUACCACACAGGAGGACAUUUUUCUCUGGUGAGAUAAUUUCAUUUUGGAUUUCUAGCCAAAUGUAAAAUGUUUUGAUUAAUUUAAUAGAGUGAGUUAGGUAUGAUAUCAUACUAUCUAUAUAUAUACUAUAUAUAUCUAUAUCUAUCUUGAUCUCUAUAUCAUAAUAACCAAUGUGAGAAAUAUAUAGCGAGCGAGAGUAUAGAGAUAUGAGAGAGAGAGAGAGAGAGAGGAGAGAGGGUUUAUAGAGAGAGAGAGAUGGGGAGAUAGCUAUAGCGCGAUUAAUAGAGCGAGAGAGAGACGGAGAGAGAGAGAGAUGGAGAGAGAGAGAGACCAGAGCAGGGGAAAGAGAGUAUAGUAGAUGUUAGGAGAGAUCUUUGAGAUCGAUCGCUCUAGUAUCUAGAGCGAGCAGCGUCGAGCGCAUAUAUCGUCUAUAGCGCGGAGAAGAAGAACCCAAACAAAAUGAGAGAUAAUACAGUAAAAAAAAUGAUCUCUCUCUCUAAUCCUACCCCCAUCUCAUCUCUCUCUCUCAUCCUACCCUCUCUUCUUCUAUCUCUCUCUAUCUCUAGCUCUCCUCGCUUUCUCUCUCUCUCUCUCUCUCCUCUCUCUCUCUUCUCUUCUUGCUCCCCCAAAUAAUCAGGGAGUGGGGGGCCAAUGAUGACGCAGAGCGGGGCUCACCCUGAUGUUCGCUGGCCCAGGACAGUAUCCUGCACCCAUUCAUUAUGUGUCACACCCAAACUAAGUCCCAUCUCCACCCUCCCAACUCCUACGUUUGAAAUUUCUGUAGAAGUUAUUCCACUUUCUACCCUCUGUUUCGCCCAAAUGCUUCCCCCUGCCACUCCUCCCCCCCACUCUGUGGGUCCCGCCAAAAUGAAUUCCCUCUGCAAUCCUCCCCCCACUCUGUGUUGUCCCACCCCAAUGCUUCCCUCUGCGCAACUCAUCCCCCGAAGCCUACCAUUGAACUAUGUACAUACCCAGCGUCUGGACAGAGGGCAGGAGUUGGGACCCAUUUUUGUGGUUAUGUUGUCGUAGUUGUGCCCUAGGGGGGCAAUGGGGGAGGGAAUGCUUGCACUCCAGGUAGGUGUUUGUCCCUCUGUGUGAUGAGGGUGCCAGGUUCUUGUCAGUGCUGGCAUUUAGGUAGCCAAGGGACUCGUACAUGUCCAUGGGUCUGGACAAUGUGAUUGAAAUUCCCCUCGAGGAUGGAGAAGCAGUCUUCAUUAAAGUAUGGGGAUUUCUAGUGGGGGGAUAUAGGUACCACACAGGAGGACAUUUGGCUUGGUGAGAUAUUUCCUUUGGAUUUCUAGCCAAAUGUAAAAUGUUUGAUAUAGUUAAUGAGUGAGUUAGGUAGCUCUCUCUCAGGCGAUAGCUUAGAGAUAUACGGAGAUAGACUAGCGAGAGAGAGAGAGAGAGAGAUACGGAGAGAGGAGCGGGGAGAGAGAGAGAGAGGGAGCGAUAGGGAACGAGAGAGAGCGGGAAAGAGAGAGAGAGGGAAAGAGAGAGAGAGAGAGAGAGAGCGCGAAGAACGAGAGAGCGAAGAGAGCGGCGCAGACGACCAACAGAAGAUGUCUCUCUAGCUAGAGCGCGAGCAGCGAGAGAUGCGAGGAGCGUAGAGAGAGAGCGUCUCGCUAGUAUCGCUACAUUACUACACCCCAAUCAACCAGCUCCUCGUAUACCUACCCCCCCGCUCUAUUCCCAUCCUACCCUCUAUCUCUCGACUCUCUCUCUCUCUCGCUCUCUAUCUCUCUCCUUCUGGGCUCCACUAAUAAUUUCAGGGAGUUGGGGACACUGACGCAGGAGCAGGGCUCACCCCUGAAUAGUUUCGCUGGCCCAGGACAGUAUCCUGCACCCAAUUCAUGAUGUGUCACACCCAAAUAAGUCCCAUCUCCACCCUCCCUAACUCCUACAUUUGAAAUUUCUGUAGAAGUUCUUCCACUUUCUACCCUCUGUUUCGCCCCAAAUGCUUCCCUCGCACUCCUCCCCCCACGCUGGUGUCCCGCAAAAAUGCUCCCCUCUGCACGUCCUCCCCCACUAGUGUCCCGCCAAAUGUUCCCUCUGCACUCCUCCCCCCCAUCUGUGUCCCACCCCAAAUUUUCCCCUCUGCCCACUCUCCCCCCACUCUGUGUCCCACCCAACGCUUCCCUCUGAACCCUCCCCCCAACACUGUGUGGUGGCUGAAAGCCAUCACCCCUCAACCUCAAACAAGCCACUGUACUGUUGUUGUACCGCCCAAAUGCUUCCCCCCUGCACCAUUCGACCUCAACCACCCCCCAGCGUCUGUCCAGACACUCAGAGCGGGAUGCAAAACUUCCCCAUCCACCUUCAAUUGGGACUCACCUAUUACGGCCGGCGGGGAGAAGAAACGGAAACACCACACAAACACACACCACUAA